AUGAGAGAUAAACUCUCACCGAUUCACUGGUCCGUGAACUACACGUACGUGGAGUCUAAAACAGGCAGAGUCAGAGGAGGACAACUUGAGCCAGCCAUAGACACCACCGUGCCGUUGGCUUUCGAGAACAAGAUCAACAUCGCCAACAACUGUGGAAAAGAUGAUGUGUGCAUCCCUGACCUCAAAGUACAAGCAGCAGCUGACCGAGAAAAAUUCAUGCUUGGUACAAAGGACAACUCAAUGAUUGUUAAUGUGACUGUGCAAAACGGUGGAGAAGAU